GCCGCAGCCAGCAGCGGGAGCCGUGCACUGAGCCGCCCGGCUGCGCUCGCGGAACAGCAGCCCUGGGGCCAAGAGCGAGGCCGGGGUCCGAGAGCAGGUGACGCCAAGGGCUGAGUCCGACCCCGGAGCGAGCGGUUCAGCACUGACCAGGGCGUCCCCUAAAUCUCCUCGCCUUCGCUGUCUUUGGGAACCAGAGCCCCGCAGGUGUCGCCUGUCCUCGCCUUCCUGCUGCAGCCGCCCGGCCAUGGACUCCCCGGUCCAGAUAUUCCGCGGGGAGCAAGGCUCCACCUGCGCCCCGAGCGCCUGCCUGCCCCCCAACAGCAGCGCGUGGUUUCCCGGCUGGGCCGAGCCGGACAGCAACGGCAGCGCCGGCUCUGAGGACGCGCAGCUGGAGCCCGCGCACAUCUCCCCGGCCAUCCCGGUCAUCAUCACGGCGGUCUACUCCGUGGUGUUCGUCGUGGGCUUGGUGGGCAACUCGCUGGUCAUGUUCGUGAUCAUCCGAUAUACAAAGAUGAAGACAGCAACCAACAUUUACAUAUUUAACCUGGCCUUGGCAGACGCUUUAGUGACUACAACCAUGCCCUUCCAGAGCACGGUCUACUUGAUGAAUUCCUGGCCAUUUGGGGAUGUGCUGUGCAAAAUAGUCAUUUCCAUCGACUACUACAACAUGUUCACCAGCAUCUUCACCUUGACCAUGAUGAGCGUGGACCGCUACAUUGCCGUGUGCCACCCCGUGAAGGCUCUGGACUUCCGCACGCCCCUGAAGGCAAAGAUCAUCAAUAUCUGCAUCUGGCUGCUGUCGUCAUCCGUUGGUAUCUCCGCAAUAGUCCUCGGAGGCACCAAAGUCAGGGAAGAUGUGGAUGUCAUCGAGUGCUCCUUGCAGUUCCCGGAUGAUGACUACUCCUGGUGGGACCUCUUCAUGAAGAUCUGUGUCUUUGUCUUUGCCUUCGUGAUCCCUGUCCUCAUCAUCAUUGUCUGCUACACGCUGAUGAUCCUGCGCCUCAAGAGUGUCCGACUCCUUUCUGGCUCCCGAGAGAAAGAUCGCAACCUGCGCAGGAUCACCAGACUGGUCCUUGUGGUGGUGGCGGUCUUCAUCAUCUGCUGGACCCCCAUUCACAUCUUCAUCCUGGUGGAGGCUCUGGGGAGCACCUCCCACAGCACGGCUGCUCUCUCCAGCUAUUACUUCUGCAUCGCCUUGGGCUAUACCAACAGUAGCCUGAAUCCCAUUCUCUAUGCCUUUCUUGAUGAAAACUUCAAGCGGUGCUUCCGGGACUUCUGCUUUCCACUGAAGAUGAGGAUGGAGCGGCAGAGCACUAGCAGAGUCCGAAAUACAGUUCAGGAUCCUGCUUACCUGAGGGACGUCGACGGGAUGAAUAAACCAGUAUGACUAGUCGUGGAGAUGUCUUCUUACAGUUCUUCUGGAAUAGAGGAGUUGAAUGAUCUAGGUUUAACUCAGAUCACCACUGCGGUCUGACAUGAAAAGACAGAAUUUGAAAUAAACUUUUAGACAUCUCAUGGUCUGAAGUCAUCAGAUGCAGACAGCAUUCACGAUUAGUGGAAACAUCAAAGACAAAAGGUCCAUGCAAUACAUGCACCUCUUCUCUAGGGCACAGAAGCAAGGCAGACCCUCUGUUCCUCUGAUGAACAAGGUAACAGGCCUUUUCCUUCCGGUUUUCUAGAUUAAGUUUAACACCCAUUUGCUGUGGCCUUCCUAUGCAAUGUGGUUUCAAAAGCUCGGUUUAAGAAAAAAGGAAAAGAAGAAACAUCUCUUUCAGAGCUCAGUGGGCAUGCAAUCCACAUGUUUAACAAUGACAGCAACGACCUCCAACAGAAUGAGAACUAUUUCCAGGGCUCAUGGCUAGCUUAGUGUAUGCUGUGUGGACACGCAUUUCACGUGGCUGUGUGGUGAGAAUUCCAGCUUAUGUAGGGCUUGGACCAACAUCUGAGGCAUCUGAUGUUCACGAUGUUCACUUAUACCAGAACAUUAUCUUGCUAUUUAUGAAAUUAUUUAAACAUUCAGAAGGUUGUUUGUAACGGGGUUUAAUUUCUCGAAAACUACAGAUUUUUUUUCUUAGCAUGCUGUUCAGGUAGACAGUCCUACGAUAAAGCAUGUCCCAUUGUCAAGAAACAUAAAGUAGUUUGAAUACCACUGAAAAUAUAUACAGUUUCUUCUGUAAAUAUUAGUACAUGUGCAAAUAAGGAAGGGCUUGCUUUCCAGCCAGGCGAUUUCCUGAGGGCACACUAAUGAUAUCCCCUGAGUUGCUAAGUUGAUGCUGAGACGUUUUGCUGGGAAUUAGUCAUGGAGUGAUCUCUUUCAGACUCCCCGAACACCGUUUAGUCCUGUAACAGUGCUCAUAGCUCAUGUGUUAAUGAAUCACAGAGGCUUUAACUCGCUCCCAGGUUGUAGCUGUAGCAGAAUUUCGUUUAUUUGCCACAUCUCUUUAUGAAUAUAUAGCGAUUCGCAGCUCCUUUCUAUUCAUGGAGAGGAAGGUGUUUUGCCUCUGUGGAUCUCGAGGUACUAUUUUGUGGCUCUCGGCGGGAAGUAGAAUUGUUCCUAAAUGUGUGCUGAAUAAGGACAUGAUGUCCCUCCUGGAGCCUGGACAGAUCCUGCACAGCUUUCUGUGAAGGGCAUCCCUGCUGAGGAUAAUGCCAGGAAAAGCACAUUUAGGAUAAUUUUGCUAAAACUUCCAGAUGACAUAUAAAUUUCCUCUUUUUCCCCCUGAAACUUAUCGUUUCAAAGGUAAUGGCUUUUUUCUGUAAUUUGCCUGGGAAGAAAAAGGGGAUAAUUUAGAAAUAACACUCAUCUCCAAGCCUAUAUCUUAUUAGGGCAGCAUCCUCUGGAAUUUAAUAGAAAAAUUGAAUACAUAGCCCUGUGUAACUACAGACAUCAUUACAACUGUUAAGUUCUGUUCACCAUGCACUUUCUCAGUGUGUGCCUACUCUCACCUUUUGGAAACAAAACCUUGCAUUGAAGGUUUUACAUGUGGCUUCCGAAUGUUACCAUGUUUGCUUCUACUCCAGAUUAUCAUGGCACCCAACACAGACGACAUACGGCAGAAUGGCAGUGGUUUCUCCUCAUGAAAAUGAAGUGCUCUUUUGAGUAUUCCUAGCUGCCCUUGUAUUUUUAUAACUGAAUGUAAAUAGGAAUGGCUUAAAUACUGGUUUAUACCAAUCCCGUGGUUAAAAAUCUUGGCUGUGGCUCAGGAAAGGUAUCUAUAUAGAGGACAGUUCCAGAAACCAGCCCUGGUGAAGUAGGAGAGACAAAAACUUCUUUAUGGAACACGAAAAUCCAAGAGACUUUCUUGUCAGAUACUUGUCCAGGGCAAAAUAUGGCAGAGACAGGAUUGUGAGAUGAAAUCACAGUAGUGUGUUUUCCUCUUCUUUUUUUUUUUUUUUUUUUUUGAGACAGAGUCUUCUCGCUCUGUUGUCCAGGCUAGAGUGCAGUGGCACAAUCUGGGCUCACUGCAACCCCCACCUCCUGGAUUCAAGUGAUUCUCCUGCUUCAGCCUCCCGAAUAGCUGGGAUUAUAGGCAUACGUCUCCGUGCCUGGCUAAUUUUUGCAUUUUUAGUAGAGACAGGAUUUCACCAUGUUGUGCAGGCUGGUCUCGAACUCCUGACCUCAGAAGAUCCACCUACCUCGGCCUCCCAAAGUGUGGAGAUUAUAGGCAUGAGUGGCCGUGCCUGGUCUAUUUCCUUUAAAUUAGCAGUCCACACACUCUCAUAGCAUUAAUUGCCAUUAUUGGAAUCUGAAUUUUUGCCUGAUUUUCCUGCUUCUCCUCAUACGUAAGUCUGCAGCCCAAGGAGAGAAAAGUAGCUGUAUGUGCCCACGAGGGUGUCAAGCUUUUUGAUUCUUGUUAAUACUGACUCCCCCACAUUGAAAAAGGAGUGAAGAAGGGGGUGUCAUUUGAGGGCACUGCUUUAAAGCAAUGAUAAGGUGGAUGACAUGGCAGGGAAAACACCAUUUACACAGUUGUAUUUCUUUUUGAAAGUGUGUACAUGCUUUUUGUGUGUGUGUCCUAAUGUCCUGCUGUGAAGCAGGAACAACACUGCCAUGUAGUCACCGCUCCAGACAAUGCAGACCCUCUGGCUCUCCAAUAUCUCUCAUCUCUUGACGCUCCUAUUCUCUGACCUCAGUCAGAAGGGCACUGUCUGCUGUCUCUCUUUGAGACCAGAACUGCAUGUGUUUAACCUUGUGAUUGAUGCUCUACAUGAACCUUAUCUUUCCAUUCUGGUAAGAAUGCCUGGAAGACAGGUCCUAGCAAUGGGUCAGAGAAGGCACAGAGAAGUGAACCAGCCAUGCAGGGGCAGCGCUGAGGAGGAAACCCCCCACUCUAACUGGGAGGAAAGCAGAAACCCUCUUAGCGUCUCAGAAUACUUAACCAAUCUAAGAGCGUCCCUCAAAUGUAAGUCAGAACUCCAGGCUUAAUACUAAAAAAUGAUUCAUCAUUUUGAAAAAUCGUUUGGAGGAAAAAAAUCAAUAAAGAGUCACAUAAAAUCUUCAGAAAAUGGUUCUAUUCUGUGAUAAAGUACUGAGAAAUAAAAGUUCUUAAACUUGUAUAACUAUCGUCAGACAAUUGAUGGGUGUUUCAUCUGGUCCUGAGGUGAAAUAAGAUGUCUCACACAAAUGCAGGGAGCACAUUGGCUGUUUUUAAAUUGGAACAUUGUAAAGAGAAAGCUGUACAGGGUUGUGUGUCCUAUUAAUGAGAUUUAUUUUCUAACCAAGAGCUAUUUGGAUGAUUUAACAUAAAUAUGAAAAUCAAAAAGAGUCUAACCCAGCUUCCUAAGUCAAUUUUCUCCUCGGAAACAAAAGUAUACUCAUAUGUUCUUUACUAUAAUGUAUAUUAUUUUUAUCUUGUGCUUUAAAAGAUGAUAAAUGUGCAUUGUAUAUAUGAUUGUGUGCCUUGCAAUAAAAUCAAAAUUGUACCCGCUAAAAAU